AUGGCUGGAUCUGGAAUGGGUGAGCUACGUGCUCCCAUCUUCAAUGGAAGCAACUAUGAUUUCUGGAGAAUAAAAAUGUGUACAAUCUUCAAAUCUCACAAGCUUUGGGAUAUGGUUAAAAAUGGGUAUGAACAACCAGUGAAGAAGGAGGAUGGUGAAGCUCUGACUGCAGCUCAAAAGCUUGCAUUGGAAGAGAAUGUUGCAAAGGAUGCUAAGGCAUUGGGACUGAUUCAAAAUGCAGUUUAUGGUGAUAUUUUUCCCGGAAUCGCACUGAAGGAAUCGGCCAAAGAAGCAUGGGAAAUUUUGCAGCAAGAGUUCAGAGGAGAUAAGAAGGUAAGAUCUGUAAAACUUCAAUCACUUAGAAGGGAUUUUGAAUACAUUCGUAUGCAAGAGGAUGAUUCCUUGUCUGAUUAUAUAACUAAGUUGCAGUAUGAUUCCAUUGCUGAAGUGAUAGAAAAAACAAAGCACACUGAGACUAUAGGUGUUCAGGAAGUUAUAGGCUCUUUGAAAUCACAUGAACAACGAUUGCAAAGGCACACUGAAAAAUUGACAGAAAAGGCAUUUUCUAGUCUGAGUGUUAGUCCUAGAGAUCAAUCACACACAGGUCAAUCUGGAUUUUCAAAAUCUAAGAAAAACUGGAAACCACAGAAAUGGAAGAAAAGGGAUGCUAAGUCUGAAAACAAUUCCAAGAAGGAAAAUCAGGCUGAAGGAGAAAAGGUUCCUUGCAAAACCUGUGACAAGCUUCACUAUGGUGCUUGUUGGUUCAAAGGCAAGCCUAAAUGCUACAAAUGCGAUAGGUUUGGUCAUUUAGCCAAGGAUUGCAGAGGCAAAUCAGCUCAAACAGCUAACUAUGCAGCACAUAACGAGGAAGAAGAUACAAUGUUUUAUGCCUGUCAUUCUGCUGCUGUAGUGCAAAACAAUGAUGUGUGGUAUGUAGAUAGUGCUUGUAGCAAUCACAUGACCUCACAUGAAUCACUUAUGGUUAAUGUUGAUACCAAUGUCACUGCAAAGGUAAAAAUGGGCACAGGAGAUUUGGUGCAGGCCACUGGAAAAGGUACUUUGGUGAUUGACACAAAAUUUGGGCCUAGAUAUAUUAAAGAAGUUAUGCUUGUACCAGGGUUGGAUGAAAAUCUGCUUAGUGUUGGUCAGAUGGUGGAACAUGGAUAUUUUUUGGUUUUUGGAAAAUCAAUGGUGGAGAUAUUUGAUGACAGCUCAAUGGAACACUUGGUUGCUAAAGUUCCUAUGAUAGGGAAUAAAUGUUUUCCACUCUCACUGACACAUGUGAACUCUGUGGCUAUGAAGGCAACUGUUGAAGACUCUACUUGGUGUUGGCAUAAGAGGUUUGACCAUCUCAAUCUGCAGAUUUUGAGGUUGUUACAACAAUAA